AUGGCCCAUGUCUUAGUCACUGUCAGCACCAUCAUCAUUGCUCAGCAAAAUUUUACCUGCCCCUCUCUCUCUCUCCCUCCAAGCAGUUCGGAAACCCCGCAACAACCCAAGCAAAGCGGCCAGCGCCGUCUGGAAUUUUCCGGGGCGGCGCUAGGGUUUCGGAUGGAGCCCGAGGAGGCGGAGGCCGUGCUGGAGACCAUCUGGGACCUCCACGACAAGGUCAGCGACGCCAUACACGCCCUCUCGCGCGCCCAUUUCCUGCGCGCCGUGCGCCGCCGCGCCGGGGGCAAGCCCGCGGGCGUCGUCCACAUCAAGGGGGUCCCCGCGGACGGCGACGAGGCGGCCGACCUGAAUGCGGUGGCCGAGGAGGCGAGGAGCCUCCACGCUAUCCGCGCCGCGCUCGAGGACCUCGAGGACCAAUUCGAGUGCUUUCUCGCUGUUUGUUCACAGCAACAAGCAGAACGAGAUAUUGCAUUAGCAAGGUUGCAACAAAGUCACAUCAUGCUUACCAUAAGAUUAAAAGAGCACCAUGGGAAUAAUCACAAAGUCAUUGAUGAGGCGUUGGAUUUCGUCCACAAUGUCUACCAUGAUUUCUGGUCUUUUCUGUCAGUAAACAAGCCUGAGAAAUCAAGAAGUCAUUCUGGCGCUAACAGUACCAAGGAGACAGGAGAUGGUUCAAAUUUCUUAGGGUGGAUGGUUUCUUCUAGUCUUGAUGCUGUCAGGAACAGUUUCAAUGUGAAAAAUUUUGGUGGUUUUCUAGGGAACAGUGCAGUGUUUGCUGUUGGCAUGAUUACAAUGUUGCAGCUGCAUUUGUUGUCUUCUGGAGAACAAAGUUCAUCUUGUGGUAAAUACAGCUACAGAAGGAUCAAUCGCGAUGAUUCUUCACAGUCUCUGGCAGGGCGUAGUAGAUCGAGUCAUCUCGAUGUGUUCUUAGCCAAAAGUUGA